CUGAGACGGGCGAUACACGCACAUCAGUGGUGUCGAAACAAUAAAGCCGGCACUUGGCUUGUCCUCAUUUCAGAUCCGCAAUUUCUAACUGUGAAGAAGUCCUGAGCAGUGUUGCCAAGGAGCUUUAGUUCAGACCACACACUGUAAGAGAGUAGUUGAGCGGGCACGCACGCCCCAAUAGGCAAUGUUCCAGGCCGCGCUGAGACCGCAAGCUCUCAAGUGCUCCGUCGCCAGGACCUUACAGGCGUCCGAAGAAGCGCGCGUGACGGCGGCCGCGAAACUCUUUCCCGGCAUAAAACGCCUUUCGGAGCGCGUCCUCGUCCAGGGUUUGGGAAGCCGCGUCUGGGAUGCGGACGGCAACGAACUCAUCGACUUUGCGUCCGGGAUAGGCGUGACGAGCACGGGCCACUGCCACCCCAAAGUCGUCGAGGCCGUCCGAGAGCAGGCCGGCCUCGCGUCGCAUUUACAAAUGAGCGUGACGCACCAUGAUCGAGCGCUGCAGUUGAUCGAGCGGUUGGAGCCCUACGCGCUCGGUCUGGACCGGUUUUUCUUCGCCACAUCAGGAGCGGAGGCCGUCGAAGGGGCGCUCCGGUUGGCGCGCCAGGCGACGGGCCGCGCCGGUGUCGUAGCGUUUCGCGGUGGCUAUCACGGCCGCACCGCCGGCACGCUCGCGAUCACUACUUCUGGAAUCGGGUACAGGGGAGGCAACGCCGGACCGCUGCCGUACGGCGCGUUUUUUGCCCCGUAUCCCGGUCUCGGCGGCGACAAGGCCUACUGCCGCGAGCAGCUCGACCUCCUCGUGAAGCAGCAGGUCGCCCCGUCGGAGUUGGCCGCCGUGAUCCUCGAGCCCGUCCUCGGCGAGGGCGGCUUCGUCCCGGCGCCGCAUAGCUUCCUAAAACAUCUGCGCGAGUGGUGCGACGCGCACGGCGCUUUGCUGAUCGCCGACGAGGUCCAGAGCGGCGCCGGGCGCACGGGCGCGUUCUACGCUUGUGAAGCGGCGGGCGUGCAGCCGGACAUUCUGACGACGGCGAAGGGCCUCGCGUCCGGUUAUCCUCUGAGUGCGGUGAUCUCGAAGGCCGAAAUUGCGGACAAGCAGCCGCCGGGCUGCAUGGGCGGGACGUAUGGAGGCAACGCCGUCGCGUGCGCCGCGGCCAUCGCGACGCUCGACGUAUUUGAAGAAGAGGGCGUCCUCGAUAACGUGCGGAACCGGCGUGCACGCGUCUGCUCGAUGGCGUGGCGGCUCACGGAGGUCUCUCCACACAGGUCCGGAAGCAGGGCGCGCGCGCCACUUCCACUCUAAACACGCUCAAGGCAGAGUGUCCCGCGGUGGUAGACGUCCGCGGCCCGGGCUUGAUGUUAGGAGUCGAGUUCGACAAGUCGCUCACGGGCUUCGCCGGCGAGGUGUCGCGCGAGUGCGAGGCGAACGGGCUCCUCGCGCUGACGGCCGGUGUGCACGAGGCCUGUCGAUUGAUCCCGCCGUUGAUCGUGAAUGAUGAGGAUCUGGAUGAAGGCCUUGCUAUCUUCGCCGACGCCGUCAAAACAAUUGCGGACCGGCACGGCGUGGCCGGCAGCGGCGACCCGAAGCCGCACACGACGGGCCGGCCCGCGGUGCUCCGCGGCCUCACGACCGGCUCGAGCUUCGACGGCGCGUAA